CGUUGAACCCGUGCCACACGCUCGCACUGUUUCGUCAAAGAACCCACUCCUGCGGCUUCUAGUCUCCGAUGAGAACGUGGUGUGUCUGGUACCAGGUUGUGUGUUUACUGCUCUGACAGCAGUAAGGAUCAUGCACUUGUUAUCUUUGGUCCAGUGAUUUUGCUGCGGUCAGGACAUGAACGAUGGAGUAUCAGAGUCUGACAUCGCAUGUUAUUAAGUUCCUUUUGCUUCUUCUCCCAUACGCCUGCAGGAACUCAGGGUCCUUGAGCCAGGAUGAGGCCGUUCUCAGGCAGUGUCAUUAUCAAGCACGGCGAGUGGAUGCGAUCCAUCAAUCUGACACCGGUUUCCCCGGCCUUUGUCUGAAGUUUUGUAAGUCAAUGACAUAUCCAGUUAAGUCCUGUAGGUUAUCAGCUGAAGUUAUCUAAAGUCGGGGAAUUGACAAUAUGCAGCAAAGCCACACCGUAAGUUGUGUUAUAUAUAGGAGCCAUUUCAUUGACUCAGAUGGGAUGGAUCUGCUGGCAGUAACACACAGAUUCAAACUGAUACAUGCAGGUCUCAGCCCAGGGCUCAUGUACCUGAUCUCGUCUUAUGCAACAAAAGAUGCAAGCAUGCAGAUUCAACGCAACCUGCCAGAGUUGCAAUUUCCUCAACGCCGUUUGUUGGUUACUCAAACGGACGGCCACAGAGUUUUCACAAAUUCUCAGAUUCUCAUAGUCUACUAUCUCCUGUCCAGGAUGAACCCUGGGUACAGUCCGCAAAGACCCAUGCUUUACAUGUUACGCUGCCACAUUUUAAGCAGUUGAACUGACGAUGGAGCCCUUCACCACGAUAUGCAGCGAACGAUGAUCAUCUCAUGAUAUACAAUCGAGCAAGGUAUCUGGCAGAACGGCCCCCCUUUUCACCUCGAUUGCAUAUGCAAUCUGUCAAACUCAUCACAAAUAUUGUAUAUGCAUCAGCAUCGAAGCUGAUCCUUUGCGCAAUGCAGCGUAAGCGACGUCUCUCAUCUCAUCCUGUUCGUAGGUGCCGUGCCAGUUCAUCCGUUGGGAGCAUUCCGCAUUGGAGCCAACCCAAGUACUGGAUGUCAAUCUGUUGACUCAUUUAUCGCGUCAUUAUAUGGGCUCAUCACUCGAAUUAUGCCGCGCGUUAUAUGCAUCCUGUUAGAGCGGCAUGUCUGAGUGCUCUUAAAUCAGUCAGUUGGCACCACCAACAUGACAUAACAUCCGAGCUGGGACAUCACCAACACAAUGGUACUCUAUUACAUGGAUGACCUAUAACGCACAGGCUGGUUCGGACUUAGGCGUCUGGGCAGCCCGAGCUCCCACGCACGCCCUUUAUAAUUGGAUCUUGGGUCUUGUCGUAAGGAGUGACACUUCGAAUAGGCACGAGAAUGAGUUUAUCACGUAUCUUUGUUUGAAACUCGUGGGCCCUGCCUCAGUAGACACGUAUGAAAACUGCAAUAUUGCAAAAGACAACGGUUCAUGAUGUCUUCAGUGCUCUAGUGUUCCAUUCAUCUGUUCACCAUAUGCUUAGAUUACGUUCCUUGACAGUGACAAGUCAAUGAUAUCAAGACCAGUUCCGUGUUACCUACCACAAAUAGCCCUAUACAAUGUUAUAACAUACAAGUGGUACAAUAUGGCAAAAUGAAACAAUAGCAAUCACAAUUGAUCCGGAACACUCUAGUAACAAGGCAGUCUUGAUCAGGACACCAAAACCGUACUGGCGGUUGCAUCCCCGUCAGCUUCCUUCUCCUCACCAUUGUUCUCAAUGGCUGUAUCCACAUCCUCAAUGACUUGACGACCACUGAAGUUCUUCAUAUAGGCCUCGGCCUUGGCUCUCACGGGAAUUGCAUACCAGUCCGGUUGCAUACGUAAAGCAGCCAGAAUGGUUCCCGUGCCAGGAAUCACAACAUGCCCACUGCGCCCUGUGAGAACCUGCCUAACCACUGCAUCUGCCACCGACUCGGGUGCAAGUGGUGGCAUCAAGAAGUCGGUGUUUUGGUAGUAUCCUUUGAAAAGAGCAGUGUUGGUGGGACCUGGAUGAACGAUUACAGUCCUGACCUUGGGCGCAUUAUAUCUGGUAGUCAACUCAGCGGUCAAGCCUUCGUGGAAAGCCAAAGCAGCUGCUUUUGAAGCACCAUAGUCUACCAGGUUAGGAAUUGUCAACCAGCUCGCAUAAGAUGUCAAGGUCACAACCAUGCCGUGGUUUUUAGCGACCAUAUCAGGGACAAAUGUCUUUGCUAUCCAAAAGGGCGCAAAGGUGUUGACGUCAAAGGUGAAGCGGAUAUCGCUGGGCUGAGACUCCAAGAUAGUCUUGCCCCUGACAACUCCAGCCACGUUGAUAACCACGGUCGGAUGUCCCACCUCACCUCUAAUUUUUUCGGCGACGGCCUCGACAUUUUCGGGCGAUCGUAAGUCGCAUUGGAAGUAGUGCACGUUGGCCGCUAUUGGGUGUCAAGUCAGCCUCCUCUUCCUAUCCUGAGCCUGAACUGGGGGUCAGAUGUAGGAAGAUAACAUACAAACUUCGAAGGACAUGGGCUGAACAUCAAGAACGACAACUUUGACGCCCAUUUCCUCAAACAGCUUCACGAUUCGACCCCCAAUACCUCCUGCACCACCUGUUACGAGAACCACUUCGCGCUUCCAGUCAUAUUUGUCGUCAACCCAGUUGUUUCUGGUCUUAUCGGACCACCAUCCGCUGGCCCACCGCGCCAGAGCAACGUAGAAUAGCGUUUUGAGGUGACUUGAGGCGCUAGGAUGGAGAAUUGAUAGAUCUUGACCCUUCUUGGUGAGGCGAGCAAAUAGCACGAGUGGAAAUAGGAGAGCUGGGUUGAGAGCAGUCUGACGAACGAGUCGUAAUACAACGUCAGCGCAAAAGCCUUCUCGUGGGAUGAGUCCUUGAUGGAUCGGCAUGAUGGCGUUUGAGUCUGGUGUAAGUUAAUCUGUUUUGAUCAGAUUACACCGAGAUACGACUACUUUUUCAUAUGGAAAACAAGCAGUGCACAGGUCCAGGAGAGCAGCUCAAGUACUCGAACGACGCACUUUGCGCCCCGGACGCGCAUAGGCAUCUCUUAUGGAGGGGGAAUGGGCUUGAUGCAUGGUUCUCAUGAUGGAGCAUGCAAACCGAGGUCCUUUUCCACGAACAGCUACCAACUCGCUGCUCGCUGCAGUAGUUAACAGGGAUGAGGAAUCCGGGGUAAUACUCGAAGAGCUAUUCGUCAGGGUUCUCGUAGCAGCUCCUACCGAACAACAUCUUUGCUUGCGCCAAGCUGGACUAUCAUGAGUUAGCCAUUGUUGUGGAUUGUUCCUCGGCAUCAUGAUGACCCCGCAAUUCGAUCGCCUUAUAAAGCCAUACUGAACGGGGAUGGUUCCUUAAUUGGCAUGGCAGAUGAUGGUUGACAUGGCGAUUUGGUAACCUGCAUUGGUUAGUGGGAUUUGAAGAUGUGCGACAACCCAAGACGAGCUGUUUCAACUUUCGCGUUCAGACUUUGGGACUGUGAUUUAUUAUGGCUCGAGAGCGUCUGAACGAAGAAUGGAUUACUGGAACAGGUUGCCGGAAUACGAUACACUAUAUGAAAGAGCUUGCACUUGUAAGUUGGGGGGUGUCAGGAUGUUAAAAGGCUACCUAACCAAGAUCGUUCACAAUUAAAUCGCCACGAACAAACCCACCAAUCCAGCAUAUACCGCCACCUUCGAAUCUAGGACAGAUCCCUUCGAAUCCUCACCGCUGGCUUCAAGCUCGGUCGAGUCCCCUGGCGCAAACAAAACGCCCACUUCAUUAGCUGCCUCUGCGUCGAUUUCUUCGGGCGAGAGUAUAUCAUUCGAUAGCUCAGUGCAAGACGGCCGAUCACCAUCCUCAGGAAUCGAGUUGGUGACAUUGAUUGGAACAUCGAAGAUGGUGUAGUGGUUAUCGCCGUUGAGCCUAAAGUUUUGUCGGAUGGAAAUCUGGGCAUAUUGUCAGAACAUAUUCUGAUAAGGGGAUAGAAGUAGGUAUUGCUCACGUUGUAAACACCACGGUCACUAUCUCCUUCAGGUUUUCCAUCGCCAACAAGACAGUCAGGCCACACCCAGUUGAUAUGCUUGACCGUGCUGCCUGGUUCUUGGGCCAUGAUCUCCCCGAGACUUGCAUUAUUAGCGGUCGCCGUUCCAUUGGAGAUGGUCAAGUUGCGACCUGUCAUGUAACUGUAGAGGAACAUUUCGACACUGAAGAUCUGGUUAUCGUCAUCUUCGUCAUACGGUGGCAACGGCAGCUUGCCGUUAGCGGUCACGUCUAUAGCCACGUGUAACGUAUCUUGUAUCAACAA